AUGAUAAUUUUAGUCAAAACACAAACAGCUUUAAAUGCUUUUUCCUCACUUGUGGUCAUCAUCAUCAAGUUUUCUUAUUUCUUUGGUUUUGACAGUGACCGCUCAGUUAUUCGAUUACUUGAUAGAAAUAUUCAAACACGUGAAAAUCGACCGUCAACAAAUACAGCUGUUCGAAUACGUACAGCAGAUAUUCUAGGUUCAAAUGAAUAUUGUGAAUUAGAAAAGCAUAACAAACAUUUAUCACCUAGAAUAACUAAUUUAAGAGCUGCUUGA